CCCUGCUCCGGGGGCAUAAUGCCGGGGAGCCCGGAGCAUACCUGCCGCUGGUGCCCUGAGGGGGUCAGUCGGAGAAAGCGGCGCACGAGAGGGGGCUAAUCAGCUGGAAACGGAACAGCUUCCCCUCGUCUGUCUGGAUCAAGCUCAGAGCCAGGAUGAAACCAGCCGCGGCGGCGGCGGCACAUGUGGCCGAGUGAAACCUACCAGCGCCCCGCAGGGCGCGCGAGGGAAGGGAGCGCACAGCCGCAAAGGAGAUCCGCCAGACGCAGCGGGCCUGGGGGUGACCACUGCACCGCUCCCUCGAUCCCCUCCACCCCGGGGCGCUGGGCGGACCCCGGAGCAGAGAACCCCGGCGCCCGAGCGGGAGGAAGACCCGGCCGGGCGGCCCCCGGAGCCCGCGGAUCCUGCGACCAGCUGUUGACGGACUGGCGAGCGCCGAGGGAGGGCGGCUGCCUGGGGACUCUGCGCCGCUGGCGCACAUGGGGCAGCGGGCGCGGAAGGACUGACGGGCUCUCGCCGCCAGGCUCCUUCCCGAGCCGGAUCGGCCAAGGAGACGGGGCCGGGGGCGGCGGGGACAUCGCUCUGGCGGGGCUGGGCUGGUGACCUUGCUGGGAUGCGGGCGCCUGGGCAGCCUCCCUCCAGCCAGCCGCGUCGGGGGGCUCUCAGCCCGGGGACACACAGGCCGGGCAGCCGGGCAGCGGUCGGGGCUGGGCAGGCGGAUUCGUAGUGCCCGAAGUGGGAUCCCCCGGGGGCAGGGACAGGCAGAAGAGAAGCAAGCGCCUGGCUGGAUGCACACACGCCCAGGGGGAGGCGGCCGGGGCUGGACUUGGGGCAGCCGAGCCGGAGGAGUCGGGCUAGGUGGCUAGGUCCUUCCCCAGCACGGUUCUCCUCCUCCCGCGAGGAGCCAAGCGCCUGAUGUUCACCGACCUGCGAGCCAAGCUCAGCCCCCCGAGAGGCCGAGAUGGGGCUCUGAAAAUGAACUGCGGCGACCCGAAAGAGAUGGAAGCCGCUGCCGCGCACUUCAGCUUCUGCCGGAACCUCCUGGAGCACACGGUGUCGGCCGAAAACCUCAGCUACCGUCUGCAGCGGAACACAGGCAGCAGCCUCACCUGGCAUGACGGGCGGAGUCAGAGGUCAGCAGGAGGCAGGACCGUCAAGCUCCUACAGCAGCCGGGAACCGAAGGCUCACAGGGUCGUCCCUGUGAUCACUAUGGCAUUUACCAUACCAGCCCCACGCUAGGCAGCCUUACCAAGCCGGUGGUGUUAUGGACCCAACAGGAUGUGUGCAGAUGGCUAAAGAAACACUGUCCCCAUAACUAUCUCAUCUAUGUGGAGGCCUUUUCCCAUCACGCUAUCACAGGUCGGGCACUGUUGCGGCUGAACGCGGAAAAGCUGCAGCGCAUGGGCAUUAUUCACGAGUCUCAGCGGCAGGAGGUCCUCCAGCAAGUCCUGCAACUCCAGGUGCGGGAGGAGGUCCGGAACCUACAGCUGCUCAGCCAAGCUUCUUUUGGAAACGUCUCCUAGCCGAGCCGUCUGCUUGGCAGAUUGUUCCAACACUGUGAACCGAGCACCUCUGGGAUGGACUGUGGACCACAGAUAUGAAAACCUGAAUCGCAUGCUUGGAAUAUGAGACGGUUUCCAAACCACUCAAGGGUCUUCUCUCCCACCUUCUCUCUUUCUCUUUUAUUAAUAUUUUCCUGUGCAGAGAUAAGACAUUUUCUCCAGCAGACAUGGCUGACAAUUAGAGGCAAACUAGGACAAUGGUCACCAGGACAUGUGACGUGCUCCCCUCUGGGAUCCAGUCAAUCACAGGGGGAAAGACCUCAAGAUGAAUGUGGUAGCUGGAGACAGUUCAUUUUAAGAAUGGAGUUGCAACCCGGUCAUUCUUGGGACUAAUCAAGCCAAUGCACCAGGAAACCUCAUGCGCCCCAAUGACAUGUUUUAACCGGGAGGGCCUCUGGGCCCAGUGCAGCCUGCGGAUGUCCCCGGACUCUACUGGUGUCAAUACCUCAGAGCUUACUGGGGAAGCUUUAGUUCUCUCUUCAGACUGGGCUGUCUUCCAGUGUCCUAGGAGAUAACGUUAGCAGCAGCAAAUAAGAUGACUGGACAAGCCAGAAAAAUGAAAGGCAGAGCCAAGCCCCUGGAGAUUGGCUUUGCUUUGUGAAUGAAAACAAGAGCUGAGUCACUGAAGCCAGAAUGCAUACCCAUAAAAGAGCAAAUGCAGGAUCCACACUCUCAGUGAGGUCACUGCGGCCUCUCGGAAGCAGCACCAGGAAACGUUCAUUGGGUUGUCCUUGUCCUUAUUUAUGGGCAUAUGGAGGAACCAUGAUUAGUUGGUUGGCUUCAUCCACCUUUGGCACCACCCACCUCUGUGACUGGUUUCUGCACUGCUGAUGCAGUCAGAGCUGAGGGAGAACAGGCAGUCCUCUUUGUAGAGCUCAGAAAUGCUGGCCGAGAGAAACUAUGCCGUGGCCAAAGGCCUCGCCCGACUGUUAGCCUACAAAACGGCAAGCUCCUAACAGUUCGUGAAGCUUACGCUGGCUGCAUUUAUAAUGCUGUGGAGCCUCCGGGGUAGGCUGGUUCAAUAGGAUGUGGUGGCGGGACUGGGCAGAAGACUGGCUUAAGAGCUGAGAAUCAAGGGUUCUUUGGUGCAAUAUUCCAUUGCUUUUGUGUCCUCUCGUACCCUUCAUUUAGAGAACUCCUUAUAAACCUUCAUGUUCGUUUAUA